AUUAAUACUAGCUAUAAUUCUUUUACCAUACAAUCGUACGCCUUUAUCAUCGUUAUAAGCACAAAUUCAUUUUAGUGCAAGAAAUGCAAGAGGUAGAAUUGUGGAAAUGCAGAGAGAAUCUAGCACCAUCGAUUUGAUCGGAGAGGAUCUUCUUCACAACAUCCUCUCCCGUCUCCCCGCGUCUUCGUGCGCCUCCGUUGCCUGCGUUAGCCGUUUUUGGAAUCACGUUGCCACCCGCCUCCUCUCAUCCCCGAAGUUCUCGUCCGCGCUAUCUCUCAACCCUUCUCUUCAGGGUGCUGUAAAUGAGGUAGUUAACGAGGUCCUAUCGCAGCCAAUUCGUCCGCAGUUCGCUAUUGCUUCAAUUGGCCCCAGUUUUAGCUUGAAAGAUGCUCAUGCACUGAUUUCUAGAAGUCUGGGCUCCAGAACUCCAUUAGUUACUUGCAUAUCACAAGGAAUUAUUGGUAGAGAUGCACUAACCCACGAGUUUAGAGAGGUUCAAUGGGAUAUUUUUGAUGAAGACGAUGACAACGCCGGAGAUAUCAAUAUGACUCAGAAUGAGAACUUUGGAGUGUUGCUGAUUGUUGGUUUCUUUCCAGGAUUGAGAGUCAGUUUAAUCCCGUUGUUGCAGAAUAAUCAGAUAGCUAGAGGCCUUAUGCUUGAUGAAUUUGUGAUGAGUAUCAGGGAAUACACAUCUUUGGUUUCUGGUACCACAUCUCCACUAGGAAUCAUAAUGUUCUCAGACCGGGAAACAGAUAUGCGUAAUGUUGUGAUGAAGAUGGACUAUGCAUUUUCUACUGAGACAGUAAUUGUUGGUGAUGGAGGGGGGCAGAUUAUAUACCAAAUUGGUAAUGUAGUCAACACCAUGGGAAGUAAAGAUUCUGCCACUGCAACACUAGCUCUUGUAUUUGCGAAGGACAGAAACAAGCCUCCAGGUGUUGGAGAAACUCAAUUUCAUUUUUUCUUUUCCAAUGGUAUAUGUCCUUUUGAACCUACAUUCAAAGUUGCUUCCGUAAGAGAGAGACACAUUGACUAUUCCACAUGGCUAACUGCUAAGCGGUUAACGCAUCAAGAGAACUUUGAUGGUCAAACUCUCUUAGAGCAUGUCAGGCUUAAGGCCGGAGAUCUUUUUGAUCAUCAAGCUCUAUUUAUUGGAGUUACUAAAAAAAGGAAAUGCUCUGUUGGGAUGGAAAAAGUGAAAUGGAUCACAUUUCAGGAAUUUCAUGAGGUCUUGAGAGGAGACGAGGAGUACUUAUAUGUGAAUGGUCUUGGCAUAAAAAAUGAAGACGCAUUCCGUUUCUACAUGUCAGAUCCAUUUACUGCAUUAUCUUCUUACAAAAAUGUCUCGGAAGAACUUAAAUGUUUGAAACAUGCGUAUGAAGAUGACACCAGGAACCACACAAGUCAUAAGAAGACCAUUUUAUGCGGCAUUUCUUUUGCUUGUUGUGGUCGUGGUGAGCCGUUCUUCGGACGUGCUCAUGUUGAUAGCUUGCCUUUCCUGGAAAACUUCCCCGGGGUUCCCUUUGCUGGGACUUUUUGUGCUGGAGAAAUUGGUCGCAUGGAUUUAAGCUCCUCUUGCCAUGAAGAGAACUCUUCCACCACUGCACGCUGCUGUUUGCAUGUGUUUAGCACUGCCUACCUUGUCGUCUCAUACACACCGCCUGCAAACCUACAUUUGUGAAGUAUAUUUGUGUUUUUUUUUACCAAGUACUAGUCGACUGCUCAAUUAAACCUUCUCAGCAAACUGUCUUGCCGGUUUUUGGUGGCCCUUGGGUUGGGGUGCAUCCUUGUUUUACUAACUCUCCUUUUGUAUAUUUGCGUGCUUUCUUUACUAAUGGUGCCCACUGCCAAGUGUCUUUAGAUAUGAUAACAUUUCUUCUUUUUUUACAUAUCCCAAGAAUGGUGCAAUGGUGAACCAGGGAAUACCC